AAACAAUAUCCCAAUUGAUUUAAUACUUGGUAUGGAUAUUGUCGAUCAAGUUAGACCGUAAGAAUCGAAUUCUCAAACAGAUAUUUGAGAAUUCGAGUACAUUUGUGCCAACCGUAGAAUUGUUAAAAUGUAUUUGAAGUUAUUAAAUGCACAUAAUUGAUCGAAUGAAUAUAAAUUAUUUUAGUGGAUUGUCUUGUGUUUGUUUUCCUAUAAGAUAAUCGAUGCAGAGAUGAAUACGAGAUCUGAAUCUGAAUUUGUUUAUAACUAUGAGGAUAAAGUAAAAAAUAAGAAUCAAGGAUUGCCUGACAAAGUGUUUUUUAAGAGAGAAUCCCUUGUCAUAGCUCUCUUCGAAAAUCCCCAUGUUAAAACGAUUCAUCAUAUUGCUAUAGUUCUUUUCUUAGGACUCUGCUUCUUAACUUACAUCAGGGGCUAUUUAGAAAAUGAUGAAGUUACAAUAGGAUUUCGUUUGAUAAAAGGAAGUUUUAGAGAUGUUCACAUAUCUAUAAUCACAUGGUUAUUUAUUUAUUUUUUAGUUUGUUGUUCAUAUUUUAUUUUUUUGGCGUGGGCAAAACUGCGAUUUCAGUUUUUUCCGAAAUCUUUAAUCAGAAAACAAUGUGAUUUUUUAUUCCUUGUGGUCCUUCUUGGCUAUUAUUUGUUUUCAUUUUCAUUCAUUGGCCACAUUGUAACCAUUUUCAAUUUACCAAUUGGAUCAGCUGGUAUUAUUUUGAUAGAUCAGACCAGAUUAUUGAUGAAAGUACAUGCCUUCGUCAGAAGUAAUGCACCAAAAGUAUUGCAAUUCAAAGAAAAAUCGGAUGAAAUUUUAAUUUUGCCAAACUUUCAAUAUUUCGUAUUUUUCACAUGGAUACCAACAUUAGUUUACAAGGACGAAUAUCCUAGGACUAACGAAAUCAAAUGGGGCAGAAGGGCUGGUUACGCCUCGGAAAUUAUUGCUGUGGUGUUCUUCUACUCCUUCGUCCUUGAGAGAUUCAUGAUUCCUCUCUUCAAGGACUUUGGGCUAAGGAAAUUUUCUCGUUCAGAACUUUUCCUAGCUCUCUUGGAAUCUCUUCUUCCAGGUCUUAUGUACUUGGUUGUAACAUUUUACCUCGUCCUUCAUCUGGUGCAGAAUCUCUUCGCCGAAUUGUUGUAUUUCGGUGACAGAAUGUUUUACAAGGACUGGUGGACGUCCACAGACGCCUCAACUUAUUUCAGAAAAUGGAAUCUUGUAGUCCAUGAUUGGCUAUACAUCUAUGUUUAUAAAGACUGUUAUGAAAUAUUGUUUCCUGACAAUAAGAACAUAGCAACAUAUGUUACAUUUUUCUUGUCAUCAAUAGUUCACGAAUGGAUUGUUGCCUAUAUGUUAGGAUUUUUUCUACCCAUAAUGUUUAUACUGUUCUUCAUCCUGGGUAGGAUAAUGAAUAACGUAAAGUUCCCGCAAAAUUCUUUUUACAAUACGUUAUUCUUGAUCUAUUUAGCGCUAGGGUGUGGAUCAUUGAUGGCAAUCUAUUGUUUAGAAUUUUGCGCAAGGUAUAAUGAAGUACCUUCUUCAGCUGGAAGUUGGGAUUUUUAUGUACCUAGAUUUUUGACUUGUGGAAAUUGCUAUACAGAUUAAUUAUAAGGAUUUAUUUUUGAAUAUUAAAUAACAAACCAGA